UAUAUUUUUCAUACACUGAGAAAUGCACAAAUAUCCACAGCAUUUUUGCUGUAACCCAACUUCAAGUAGUCAAAAUAAGAGAGAAACACCGUUUCCUUUUUCCUUCCUAGUAUAAUCUUCCUUUAUAAAUCCCGAAUCUCCUCUCAGUCUUCAUAAUUAUAUUCUUCUUCUUCUUACUCCUCUUCACAUUUCCGUCGAAGGAUGAAAAUGGCUUCCUUCCCCUCCUCCCUUCGGCUUCUUCUCAGUCUUCUGUCCCUCUUAUCUCCAGUAGCGAUCUCUACUACGUUUACUAUCACCAACAACUGCGGCUAUACCGUUUGGCCGGGCAUCCUCUCUGGCGCCGGCACAGCGCCGGUUUCAACCACCGGCUUCUCCCUCUCCCGCGGCGAGUCGCGCGCGGUUGCGAUGUCGCCGUCCUGGUCUGGCCGCCUCUGGGGUCGCACUCUCUGCUCCACCGACCCAUCCACCGCCAAAUUCUCCUGCUCCACGGGUGACUGUGGCUCCGGCACCCUCGCCUGCUCCAGCGGCGCCGCCCCACCGACAACUCUCGCCGAGUUCACUCUCGCCGGCAGCGGCGGCCUAGACUUCUUCGACGUCAGCCUCGUCGACGGCUACAACCUCCCCGUCCUCAUCGUCCCUCAGAGCGGCGCCGCCACCGGAAAAUGCACUGCCACUGGCUGCGCAGUUGAUAUCAACGGCCUCUGUCCAUCGGACCUCCGCGUCUUCGCCGGCGACGAUGAAGGCAAGAGCGUCGCUUGCCGGAGCGCCUGCGAGGCCUUCGGAAAGCCGGAGUUUUGCUGCAGCGGGGAGUACGGGAAUCCAAACACCUGCAAGCCAUCAUCCUACUCGGAAUUCUUCAAGAACGCUUGUCCUCGAGCUUACAGCUACGCUUACGACGACGCCAGCUCCACCUUCACCUGCGCCACCGGAACGGAUUACGAAAUCACUUUCUGCCCUGCUACAACCAGCCAAAAGGCAGGGGAGAAGAUUCCGACAGUCGCGAAGGUACCAUUAAUCAACGACACAAUGGUAUUCAUGGGUGUGGUGGACACGAGCAGCGCGGUCGCAAUAAACGCGUGGCCGACAAUCUUCGCUAGCGUUAUCGUCUUUUGGCUAACGCACCUCCACCGUCUCUUUUUCUAACAAUGUUAGAUAUGAUCAAAUUUUUUUUUUGUUAAGAUGAAUAUCAAAAUUAUUGAAUUUAUUUUAAAAUGAGUAUAAUAUAAAUAUUAAUGAUACUCAUGUUAAAAAAUUAAUAAUUUUUAAUUUCAUAUUCAUCAAAAUUUGAUUAAGGAAAAAUAGAUCAUUAUGGGCCCCACACUCCCUUUGUAUAUUAUUAGGUAUAUUGAGUGCUUAAAGCAUCUAAUAAUCUAAUGGAGUGUGAGAGGCAUUGGAAGGAUUAGAGGUUCAUAAUUUAGGAUUAGGGUUUAGGAUUUAGAAUAUUAAUACAAGAUUAAUUAUUGUAAUGUGUAUUGGAUUGGACUAAUUAAAAAUUAUGACCGUAUGAUGGUGAUUAGUGA